AUGGUUGCUUACUUUAUGCAGAUGAUCUGGUACUAUGGUAUUCCGGGCUUACUUUAUGCAGAUGAUCUUGUUCUAUGGUAUUCCGCCUACUUUACGCAGAUGAUCUGGUACUAUGGUAUUCCGCCCCCAAGGAAAAAAGCUAAGGAGAGGACAGAAAGUGUCCUAAAUUGUGCACUUAUCAAACUACUAGCAAACUGGUGCGACAACAAUGGAAUGCAUAAACCCGCUUCUAAGAUACAAGGAAAUCAACACCGCGAAAACUGCAUUCCAAACUUUUUCUUUGACCCGUCACAGCACACUCUAGAAAAAACCAAUGAGUUCGCCUAUCUCGGAAUGACAUGGUACAAGAAUACUACCCUUGUAAAAACCAAUGAUUUCGGGUACAAGGAUACUACCCUAGAAAAAACCAAGGAGUUCACUUAUCUCGGAAUGAUGUUUGGCACAAAGCUAACACGCGUAUGGGGCUGUGGACGCUCAACUCUCAACACCACUUACAAGAUAUUUAUUCAGCCAAUAAUGUUGCAUUGCUAUGAGUCACUCAUUAAAGCCACAGAGGUGACUCUCAAACCACUCGAGAAGGCUCACAACCAGGCAUUACGACUAAUUACUGGAGGGAUAAAAUCAACACCCAUUGAUGCAAUUCUCCUGAUUACAGGGAACACCACAAUAUGUUCCCUUAUCAAAGAGAAGGCCUUGAUCCUGUAUGAGAAGCUACUGCACAUUCCCAUGGACAAGUUCUUCAGCACCUAUGAGAAUAGACCGAGACAUCUGAAAACGCAAUCUGGUCUAAUACAGAAAGCCAUAGAACUGAAGAAGGCAUUACAAAUCGAUGACAAACCAAAAAGUCUCCCUCUACCCAAUCACCCAUUUAAAGACACUGAUGUAGUGUGUUGCACCCAACCGCUUGACUACUUCAGGAAAUCAAACACCUCUCCAGAACAAAUGCGCCCACUGGCCCUUGAGACAAUCAAUGUCAACUAUCCUAAGUCUGCACUGUUGAGGCUGCAAAACUUACUGGCCCUUGAGACAAUCAAUGUUAACUAUACUGGAGAUGGGUCAACUAUCCUGCAGAUCAAUGGCUCCAAGUCUUCACUGCUGGAACUAUCCUGGAGAUCAAUGGCUCCAAGACAGUUGGCACUCUCCGAUAUAACCGACUGGCCAGGAAUCGAAGCCGUUGCCGACUGGCCAAGAAUCGAAGCCGUUGCUGAGUUUAACUUUGGCCAAGAAUCGAAGCCGUUGCUGAGUUUAGACUACGUACCGGACGGAUUGCCUGGCAAAACACCUUCAAAGAUUGGGAGAGAAACACAGUUGGCACUCUCCGAUAUAACCGACUGGCCAGGAAUCGAAGCCGUUGCCGACUGGCCAAGAAUCGAAGCCGUUGCUGAGUUUAGAGUGGCACUCUACCACAUAGCCGAAUGGCCAAGAAUCGAAGCCGUUGCUGAGUUUAGACUUUGGCCAAGAAUCGAAGCCGUUGCUGAGUUUAGACUACGUACCAGAACACGAAUGCUUGGCAAAACACCUUCACAGGUUGGGAGAGGAAAUGGAGAAGACCCACCUGAUGUGAAACCUACAGGAGGAAAUGGAGAAGACCCAUCUGAUUCUCUACAGGAGAAAAUGGAGAAGACCCACCUGAUUCGGUGUUCAAAGGAGGAAAUGGAGAAGACCCACCUGAUUCGGUGUCUAGCGGAGGAAAUGGUGAUGACCCACCUGAUUCGGUGUCCAGCUCUAAAGACAACGCAGACCCACCUGAUUCGGUGUCCAGCUCUAAAGACAAGGACAUGGAGUCUGAUUGUGAAACCUACAGGAGGAAAUGGAGAAGACCCAUCUGAUUCUCAAGGAGGAAAUGGAGAAGACCCACCUGAUUCGGUGUCUAGCGAUCAACCCACAUGCCCUCUAUGUAACCUACAGGAGGAAAUCUGGCGAAGCACCUUCACAGAUUAG